UUUCUUCUUUUCUUUUUCAAUCAACAAAAUGAAUUUCUACCCAUGAGCAAGGGAGACCUUAGCUCUUCGUCAUCCUCAGUCACAGUGACAAUAUUCAGGAAGAGGGUCAUUCUGCGGAAACCACAGCUCCCCCGCCUGCUGCUGGAUUUCAGCUCUUACCCAACACGAGGACUACCGUGGAAAGCCAGCCACUUCAGACGUUCAGUUUCUCAGCCAGAGUGAGCCAUGACGAGGACUUCUAUAUGCGUAUACCACUUCCUUGUUUCGAGCUGGUAUAUUUUCCUCAAUUAUCACAUCUCACAAAAAGGAAGGAGUAAGCAGAUGUCCAAAAUCUUUCUAAAUGGUGGACAGUGGAAGUACUUGACACUCCUUAAUCUGCUCUUGCAGGCCAUUUUCUUCGGGGUUGCUUGCCUGGAAGAUGUGCUGAAGAAAAUGAAAGGGAAAAAAGACAUUAAGUUCAUAACUGCCUUCAGAGACCUGCUCUUCACCACACUGGCUUUUCCUAUAUCCACGUUUGUAUUUUUGACUUUCUGGCUACUCUUUCUCUACGAUCGAGAACUCGUUUACCCUGAGGCCCUAGAUGGUAUCUUUCCAGUGUGGCUCAAUCAUGCAAUGCACACAUUCAUACUCCCCUUUUCCCUGGUUGAAGUCAUCCUCAGGCCACACAGCUAUCCAAUGAAGAAGAAAGGACUCAGCUUGUUGGCUGCUGCAAGUCUUGCCUACAUUAGCAGGGUCCUUUGGAUCUACUCUGAGACUGGUACGUGGGUAUAUCCUGUGUUUGCCAAACUCAGCCCAGUGGGUCUAGCAGCCUUCUUUUCGCUCAGCUACAUCUGUAUUGCCAGCAUCUACCUACUUGGAGAGAAGCUCAACCACUCACAAUGGGGUGACAUGAGGCAGCCAAAGAAGAAGAAGUGAUUGUAUGCUGUUUUCCAAGAAAAAGAAAGAAAGCACAAGAGGGUGUUCUUUUUCCAUCUUUUUGGUUUUAUUUUUUUUAUUUUUUUGUUUUGUUUAUGUGGAUUUUAUUUUUCUUUUUGGUGUAGGGAGGUGGUAGAGAAACAUAGGAAAGUAAAAAGGACAUAAAACAAUAUUUAAAUUAAGAAUAGGGUAUGAAGGUAGCUCAAUCUAAGGACUCUUGGGUUUUAAAAGGCCAUACAAAAUUAAAUCCUGCUGUCUCAGAAUUUGUGACCUUUGUCUGAACUCUGUAGAGUAUGGUCUGUGGUCAAAAUCUGCCCAAAAGCCAAAGAAACUCAUAAACUCAGAGUCAGAGAAUGUUUAGACAGAGAAAGAAUUUAGGAUCAUCCAAAAUCUUCACUUUACAGAGGAGGUUGCCGAGGAUGUAGAUGAGAAGUUACCUGCAUGAGGCCAGAGUUAGUGUCAGAACUGAGUCAGGAGCUUUUGUCUCCCAAAUCUUUUAACUUUCAAUCCUGUGUCAUGUUUUUAAUAAUCCCAACUUUCCUAAAAACAAGCAUUUUCAUAACUAGUUAUUUUCAUGGAUUUCUCAUCUAUUUCCCCCCCUCAAUCUAGACAGGUGUGUAGGGAAAUUCUACCUGAUAUGGUAUAGUGGCAAAUUAUUUGGGGCAAUGAGAAAAUCACUUAUAAAAAUAUUAGGAAAUCUUUCCCCCAUGUGAGCAGCAUUCAGGGCAUAUCUAAACACUGAACAAAUGACAUUGUCAAAACCUCUUUCAUUCAAGUAUUGAUUAACUUGUCAAAUAAAUGUUGUACAUUUUACUUGAGGAACAGUCUAAGUGGGACGUGAUAUAAUUAUGAGGACUGCUGAGAUUGCUUUGGUACAAAGUACUUUGCUAAGUUAGUUUAUGGUUUAACAAAGCUGAUUGUCAGCAAGCACAUUCAUGAACCCUGCUUCGAUUUUCCUAAUGGAAUUUUCCAGGUCUAUUUUUGUAAAGAAAUACAUGGUGGGUAAAGAUAGUCAAAUCUAGUGGUGUGUCGAAGGCCCAGGGGCAUUGGGGUGUGGGCACCAGAAUAAAUAGUACUUGAGCUUUACAACCAAACAUGAUACAGAAGAAAUUUGGUGAAAAUGGGUAAAACCUGGUAACACUGUAUCUGGGACCAAAUUAAAUCUUGAUUGCUGCAUAA